GAACAGAGAGAGACGGAGGGGCUCUGUGCUCCCAUCACAGGCUCAGGCCAAAAAAGGUGGUCCAGAAAAAUGUCUUCCAAAACGGAUUCUCCUCCAUCCUAUGAGGAUGCCCUGCAGCAUCCUAAGACUGUUAAUUAUCCCUUCCAGACACAACAUGGCACCCCUCUUACCCCUCCUCCAUCUUACAGCCCAAGUCCCUCCGCUUGCAUCGGCCCGCCUAGCUACUGGAGCCAGGGGGGCGUCUACCCACAGGCCGGCAUGUGUCCAGGCCCUGGCUUCUCUCAGCCUAUCGUGCCCAUCCCCACCCUGUCAGCAGGACUGCCUGCAUCCAGCCCAGGAGAAAUGGAUGACUUCAUCAGUAACCAGUGGGAGACCACCUCCAUUCGACAUGCCUUUAUCAGAAAA